GUGAUGCUUCAGGGGCUAGCUAAGCUCUGGGAGUGUUGAUAUUUUCCAGUCAGUCCGGCUGACUGGGGCCACGUUGGAAGCCCGGAAGGGAGGCGAUUUAAAAACUCGUGCACGGGGCAGGCCACGCUGUCCUGUUGCAGUGCCCCCGCCUGCGAGUCAGAGCCUCGGGGAGACAAGAGCACGACGGGACCGAGAGGAAAGGCAAGGAACAAGGGUGCAGACUUUGAAACCUGAGACAGAGGGCAGGGGAGGGCGAUUGUUCGCUUCUGAUUGGCUCGUGGGCAUCAUCGAGGACCCACGCAACCGCUUCGAUUGGUUGGUGCCCUCAAUUGUUGUGGCGGCGGCGAAGAUUUUGCCCACGUACUUCCGAGCGAGAGGCGGGGCUGUGCCCCGGCGCGCCUGCGCAACGCCCCGGGCCCCACCCGGUAGUUCAAGAACCUGCGAGGGGGCGGGGCGAAGAGGUGCUUGUUUUGGUUCUGUUUUCUUUGAAGCCGAAGGCCGGAAAGAGCGUAGCAAUAAACUUGCUGGACUUGGAGAGAAGGCUACGACAAGCUCGCCGCGGUGUCUUCAUUUUGGACUUCACAUCCGGGUUCUCCGGCCGCGUGACCCGCGCGCCGCCGACGGCUCGAGAACCGGUGCCUUGAUCUCUUUAUCCGGGUCCCGGCGAUCCCGUCGUGCUUCGCGCACCACUGUAGCCCCCCUCAUCCGGGUCCUCUCCCGGCGUGCCCCGCGCCGAGUUUGGUGGGGGGUACUCGGCGGUGCCGCCAUGACUAUUCUCCCCAAAAAGAAACCACCGCCUCCCGACGCCGACCCCGCCAACGAGCCGCCGCCGCCCGGGCCGCUGCCCCCGGCGCCUCGCCGCGGCGGGGGUGUAGGCGUGGGCGGCGGCGGCACGGGUGUGGGCGGCGGCGAUCGCGACCGUGACUCGGGAGUCGUCGGCGCCCGUCCUCGAGCCUCGCCACCGCCUCAGGGCCCGCUCCCGGGGCCACCGGGUGCCCUCCAUCGCUGGGCGCUGGCCGUGCCGCCUGGCGCCGUGGCGGGCCCCCGGCCACAGCAGGCCUCUCCUCCUCCUUGUGGGGGCCCCGGCGGUCCCGGCGGCGGUCCCGGUGACGCGUUGGGUACCACGGCAGCGGGCGUGGGCGCGGCGGGCGUGGUGGUGGGCGUGGGCAGUGCCGUUGGCGUGGGUGGUUGCUGCUCUGGGCCGGGUCACAGCAAGCGGCGGCGUCAAGCCCCUGGGGUUGGCGCGGUUGGCGGGGCCAGCCCUGAGCGUGAGGAGGUCGGCGCAGGUUACAACAGUGAGGAUGAGUAUGAAGCGGCUGCAGCGCGCAUAGAGACCAUGGACCCCGCCACCGUUGAGCAGCAGGAGCACUGGUUUGAAAAGGCCCUGCGAGACAAGAAGGGCUUCAUCAUCAAGCAGAUGAAGGAGGACGGCGCCUGUCUCUUCCGGGCUGUAGCUGACCAGGUGUAUGGAGACCAGGAUAUGCAUGAGGUUGUGCGAAAGCACUGCAUGGACUAUCUGAUGAAGAAUGCCGACUACUUCUCUAACUAUGUCACAGAGGACUUUACCACCUACAUCAACCGGAAGCGGAAAAACAACUGCCAUGGCAACCACAUUGAGAUGCAGGCCAUGGCAGAGAUGUACAACCGGCCCGUGGAGGUGUACCAGUACAGCACAGAACCCAUCAACACAUUCCAUGGGAUCCAUCAAAAUGAGGAUGAACCCAUCCGUGUCAGCUACCAUCGGAAUAUCCACUACAAUUCAGUGGUGAAUCCUAACAAGGCCACCAUUGGCGUGGGGCUGGGCCUGCCAUCAUUCAAACCGGGGUUUGCAGAGCAGUCCCUGAUGAAGAAUGCCAUAAAAACAUCAGAGGAAUCGUGGAUUGAACAGCAGAUGCUGGAAGACAAGAAGCGGGCCACAGACUGGGAGGCCACAAAUGAGGCCAUUGAGGAGCAGGUGGCUCGGGAGUCCUACCUGCAGUGGCUGAGGGAUCAGGAGAAACAGGCUCGCCAAGUCCGUGGCCCCAGCCAGCCCCGGAAAGCCAGCGCCACGUGCAGCUCUGCCACAGCAGCAGCCUCCAGUGGUCUGGAGGAGUGGACCAGCCGGUCCCCAAGGCAGCGGAGUUCAGCCUCGUCACCCGAGCACCCUGAGCUGCAUGCCGAGCUGGGCAUCAAGCCCCCUUCCCCAGGCACUGUCUUAGCUCUUGCCAAACCUCCUUCACCCUGUGCACCAGGUACGAGCAGCCAGUUCUCGACAGGGGCCGACCGGGCUACUUCUCCCCUCGUGUCCCUCUACCCUGCUCUGGAGUGCCGGGCCCUCAUUCAGCAGAUGUCCCCCUCUGCCUUUGCAGGCCUGAACGACUGGGAUGAUGAUGAGAUCCUAGCGUCGGUGCUGGCAGUGUCCCAACAGGAAUACCUAGACAGUAUGAAGAAAAACAAAGUGCACAGAGACCCACCCCCAGACAAGAGUUGAUGGAGACCCAGAGACUGGAGACGAUCUCCCAACCCCCACACUCCUGCCCUCUGGUGCCACCCCACCUUCUUUGGCUUUCUUCCCUCUUGCCUUCUUCCUUCUUCCCUCUCUCCCCUCCUCUCACUCCUCCCCCACUUCCCUCUGGCUAGCCCACCCCUGCGCGCCCUCUCAUCGCUGCCACCACCAUCAUCACCUGUCUCUUCGCCAGCUGACGUGCCCUGUUGCCCCCUGCACAGCACCAUCCCUGCAUUCCACAGGGGACUCGGGCAAGGGUGCUGAAGGUAGGCGAGAGGCACACAGAGACAAACCAACUGGCAGCCAGGCAGCCCCUGAGGAGUGACAUUCAGACAGAGGAAAGUCUCCCUGUCCCCGAUUCCUUCCAAGAUCAGAAACUUGUCACCCCAGCACAAAUGAUGCCGAGGAGGUGGGAGGAGAAAGUGGGAAAAUCCCCUUCCCAGUACCCCAGUCAUUGUUGAAAAUUUUCUCUAUUAAACUGUACUUUUAUCUUACAAAAUCAACCAAUCAAAAAGUGAUGUAGACAACAGCACUGGCUCUAUGAAAGUGGCAUCUCUCUGGUUUGGGGGCAGGCAGGCCAUGGGGCAUGAAGAUGUGAUUGAUGUCCCUGGCCUCCAGCUCUGUGGAGGCGGGCAGGGUCUAGUGUGAGCCAGGGUGGGGAGGGAGGGCGGGGGGGGGCAGGUGUCAAGUGGGCUUUGGACAGUGAGACUCUGACCUUGCUGCAUUCCUUAUGCUUCCACCACCACCACCAGUCUUUUUGGAAUCUCGGGGUCGGGGGCACCUUUGAGGAUCACGGCCGCCGCCCAGGAUUUGAGUGUGGGGGGUGGGAGCAGCCUUGGCAGAUGGGGCACCCAUGCCCUGCAGGUGUCAGCAAGAUCCACCAUCUGUAAUGUCCUUGGCACAAUAAAACCAAAUGUCAGUUUC